GUACUGAUAGCACCCCAUUAUCAGUACACAAAACGUUCCAUUUCGCACAUUCAUGACUUAUUGGAAAUACGUGUUUUCGAAUUUUUGCUCACAUUAACGAUGGUUACAGCGCGCAAAAGACGGAUUUCGGCAGGUGGACGUGGUUUGUGAUUUUUACGCGGCAAUUUUCGACGGAACACACGUGCCAUGAGUGCAGGUCAUCGAAGUGCCAGUGAACUGUUUGGAUACAGACGGCGAAACGAUGCUUCGGGCGCUGCAUAUGAGGAAGAAAAGCCAAAGCAUUUCAAACGAUCAGGAAGUGAAAAGCAUUUCAGUGUCCGGAAUCUUGUGCACCAGUUCGAAAGCCGUGCCAGCAAUCGUUUUGAGCGAAUCAGUGAACGGUUUUCCUCGAAGCGAAAGAAAUCCGACCACAUAAACAAGGAUGUUGAUGCUGGUGGGUCACGCUUAAGCAACGCAACACCACAGCGCGAAAAAUCUACGUCGACAACAUUGUGGUAUCUACCCAGCGAUAAGAUAUCAGAUGAUAACCACGAAUGGGAAAUUAAAGAGCAUACAGACAAGUUGGAUGAGCCAAUCGAAGAAGAACCACUACCUGACGUUACUGAAAUCUGUGACUGUUGGAACGAAUUUAUUUAUCUGCAGCUAUCCAAACGCAAUGCCGAGUACCUGAAUUCAUACGAUUCAGACUUCGAAGAGGAUUGCAACGAAACUCCAAUCGAAGCUAGUAACACGAUAAUCUCAUUGAAAUGGCCAGGGGAUGUGGUGCACUACAUCGUGCACGGCUAUUAUCCAAAAACAGACUAUGUUCCUCCGCCAGAGCAAGACAUCGAAACCAACGACGCGUUUAGUGAAUCUGAUGAAUCGGUGUUUUAUGAAGCAGAAGAUUUUGCCAUUUUGCCAACACCCCAGGUUGAUGGAGAUCAUACGAAACUGUAUUAUCCCAUCGAAGAGUUGCUCAACACAGAACGUAACUACAUCAACACGUUGGAAAAGGGAGUUAUGACCUACAUUCAUAAUGUGUUCAAUGCUUGCCCGAUCCCUGUGGAAAUGGUGAAUAUGAGGUACCAUCUGUUUGGAAAUAUUGAAUUCAUCCUCAAAUUCCACAAAGCCAUUCUUCUACCAAAGCUAGUUGCUUGUGGACAGGAUGUAGAAAAACUAUCAGAAGUGUUCUGCAAAUAUUUGGACAACGAUUCGUUCUACGGUUAUGUUCUAUACGCACUUUAUCAUCGUAAAUCGCAAGAGUUGUGUGAACAUCUGUCAAAAUUUUUCGAAGAUCGACAGAAUCAGAGCGGUGAUAAGCUUGGCGUUAAAAGUUUCAUUCUAGCGCCAGUGCAAAGACUGCCAAGGUACAAACUGUUACUCGCAAGCAUCGCAAAAGCAUCACGUUCCUCUGAAUCGGUUCAUGCUGCUCAGCAAGCAGAGAAAAAGAUGGAAAGUUUUAUUACCACCAUGAAUGAUGCCAUGGCAGUUGUCGAGAUAAUUGAAUGUGAGAAAACGGACGACAAUGAAGUCGAGUUAGGGUUCGGCGUUCCCAAACCGGCUACCGUUCUACGCGAGCAAAACAGUGAGAAUCAGUUCCUAUUUCUUUAUCCUAAGGACUCGGAUAAUGUGGAGAAGAUCAAGCCGAUUAAUUUAUUACAUCAGGGUAAAUUUAAGAAAAUGUUUCCAGUUUUCUUCAACGAUCUCCGACAAGGUCGACAGUACAAGGGAAGGUUGUUUAUUUUCGAGCGUUGUGUCAUCUACACCGAAAUGAAAUCAAAGAAUUUUAGCUACCGUGGCCACUUUAGCUAUCAUGAAGUGUCGUACGAUUUUAGCAACCUGCAAAUUUUGCGAAUUAUUUCAGAAAAAGACGAACAACAUAAAAUAGAAGUUAAGAUCAACAUCGAAUGUCCAUCGAAUGCAAACCUAGUCGUGAUUGUGGAACUUUUACGCGCCAUUAUAGCCAAACGCAAAAAAAAGGAAAGCUUCGUCGUGGAAAGCAAGGAGUUGAUUAUGUUGAGGCACUCAAUCAUGAAUCGAUUCAACAGCUGUCGAAGUAGUCUGACCAGCACGUCCAGUAAUUUUAGCUAUUUCAGCUCAUCGGGGCAGAGUUGUCCAGAUGAUCAUACAAGCAUAGACUGUAGUGUGCCGCUAUUGAACACUGAUACGGAUGACGUCUUAUUCGAGCAAAUGGUGAACUACAUUCAGUAUUAUGAGAAGGCAUUGAAGGAUAAUAUAAAUUUCUACAUAAAUUCUCUACCCGAUGAUGUCCGAAAGCGAUUAUUUGAUUUAAGGGAGAUACUGGAAUAUAUGUAUCGAAUCCAACAGGAUAUAAAUGAUCGCCUGUUCGAAAAUAAUGUUCAGACUGAGCCGAGUGUUUCCCAUUUCUGUGAUAUUUUCCAUGACACCCUGAAACAGUCUGAGUUUGACGUUUAUCUCCGCUAUGUCCAACAUUACAAAUCGGCCGAAUCUGUGUUAAUGAGCUUUGAGCAGUAUUUCACUGGUUUACCCAAGCAGGAAAAUGCAAUCUACUUGUCGAUAGACGCAUUCAUACAGCUUCCAGUAGAAUUUAUAAAUAGGUGUUGCAUACUAUUUGAGGGCAUUUAUAAUGAUACCCACAGCUCAGAUGAUAUGAAGUUGAGAAAUACAGUCCUUGAUUACAAAAUUUCCUAUGUACAUGACCAGCUUCAGUUACUACGACAGAGAGUCAACGAGAACUACUACAUUCGGCAACUCAUAAUGGAUAUUGACUUUCUUCAAGAAAUCGAGCUUGUGCAGUACUCUGAAAUUAUAAAAUUGGAAGGAUCCUUUGCGAACUACCGAUUAUUCCUAAUGAAAACAGGAUUGCUCUGCAUGAAAAUCAGACAGGAAAAGAACGACACUCCGGAAACCUACAGCAGCGUAACUUUAUACUAUCCAUACACGAAAACCACGGCCAGAAACAGUCACCGCAGCGGUAAACGGUGGUCUGCUUAUCUGGAUGGACGGAAGACGACAUUGAUGUUUCAGAGCAAACUGAAGAGACAUGCAUUCAACGAACGGUACACUGUUUUGGCAGAGAAAAUGCGAGAACGGGAGGGUGUCAGGAAAAAAACAUUUUUCAGUGCAUUUGAAAAUAUUUAAAAGAAAUACGCGAUAUGAAAGAACGUAUUAUAAAUAAAAAAUAACAAAUUUGUACUGAUAUUUAUUUUGUUACGAUAGAGGCAAUUAGAAAAAUCCAGAUUUAUCCAUCUAGCAGUGAUUGUGCCUUUCUUGUGGAUUAUUGAACAACCCCAUUCAAUAAAAAAAUAUAAUUGAAAAACAUAUUGUAAAAAAAACUACAAAC